AUGACCAUCACCUCGGUGCAGACCGUUCUGCCCUCGCGUUUUGCCGCCAAUUCCUCUCAAAAGCGCGAGGAAAAACCUCCACCACAGAUACAUAGUGUCCCAGACUUCCCCUUCAAGGGUUACCAAGCUCCACAGCCCGAAGGCUUCGCGCAAAGCCAGGCCAACCCCAAUAGCGCUAUCGUCAUUGACAAUGGCUCUCACCUCGUCAAGGCCGGCUGGUCCUUCGAUAAGACUCCCCGCUUCGUCCUCCCCCCCGUCAUGAGCCGAUACCGUGAUCGCAAGCUCGCCCGCCAAUGUCAAUUCAUCGGAUACGACGCCUACCUGGAUGCGACGACUCGCGGCCAGCUGAAAGGCGCCUUUGAUCCGGGCUCCAACGUCGUCAGCAAUUGGGACGUGAUGGAGGGAGUCCUGGACUACAUAUUCCUCAAGAUGGGCGUAGACGGCUCGAACGGCGGCGUCGACCGUCCAAUUCUCAUGACAGAGCCAAUUGCCAACCUCGGAUACCCCAGAAAGAUGAUGAACGAGAUACUCUUCGAAUGCUACAACGCCCCCUCCGUCUCCUACGGCAUUGACUCACUCUUCGCCUACCGCUACAACAAGGGGACAGACGGUCUAGUCAUUUCCUCCUCUCACACCUCAACUCACGUCAUCCCCGUGCUGAACUCGAAACCCCUCCUCAACAACUGCACCCGUCUGAACUGGGGCGGUCUCAAUAACGCAGAGUACCUCGCCAAGCUACUGAAGCUCAAGUACCCAACCUUCCCCGCCAAAGUAUCAGACCACCAGAUGGAAGACAUGGUCCGCAAGCACUGCUACAUCUCCGAAGACUUCGACCGCGAGCUCGGCGGGUAUCUCGAUUGGACCGGACUAGAAGCCCGCGACCAUGUCAUCCAGUACCCAUUCACAGAACACAUCGUGGUCGAGAAGUCGGAAGAAGAACUCGCGAGGAUCGCAGAGCGCAAGAAAGAAAGCGGUCGCCGUCUCCAAGAACAAGCAGCGAAAAUGCGCCUGGAGAAACUUGUCAAGAAGGAGCAGGAAUUGGAGUACUGGAAGAGUAUCCAGGAGCGUCUAGCCUCCGAGACAAAGAAGGAGAUCCGCCGCAUUCUCGAGUCGGAAGACGUCAAGGACGAAGUCCAACUUGAGCGAAUGAUUCGCGAGCUCGAGAAGUCUAUCAAGCGGUCCCGUAAUCGCGAUCUCGGUAUCGAGGAGGAAGAACAACAGCCCGAGGAAAUGACCUUCCCUCUUCUGGACACACCCGAUGAGGAACUAGAUGAGGCGGGUCUAAAGGAAAAACGACACCAGCGCCUGAUGAAGUCCAACGUGGACGCCCGCGCCCGCGCAAAGGCAGAGAAGGAGAGAGAAAAGGCGCGCGUCGAAGAAGAAGAGCGUCUAGACCGCGAGAAGCGAGAGAAUGACUUUGAAAACUGGAUCGCUGAGCGACGAACAAACCGACAGAUAAUCCUCCAAAAAAUCAAAGACCGCGACCGCAUGAAAGCAGACCUCGGCAACCGCAAAUCUCUCGCCAGCCAACAACGCAUGAAAACCCUCGCAAACCUCGCCUCCGACGGCCCCAAGAAACGCCGCCGCGGCAACGAAGACGACGACUUCGGCGCCAACGACGACGACUGGGGCGUCUACCGCACCGUCGCAAAGGACGAACAAUCCGACGACGAAGAAGAAGAAGACCUAGGCGCCGUCCUAAACGGCCUCGAAACAGAACUCCUAACCUACGACCCCGAAUUCACCGAAAACCACACCCUAGCUGCCCAAACCGACUGGACGAAAUCGCUCGUCCACGCUUUCCUCCGUGGCCCCUGGCCCUUUGACCCGGAGUCUCAGCGUGAAGCGCACCAGAUGCAUCUGAACGUCGAACGCAUCCGGGUCCCCGAAGUCGUCUUCAAGCCGUCAAUCGCAGGCGUCGACCAAUCCGGUCUCGUCGAGAUCGCGGCCGAUAUCGUUAAUCAGCGAUUCUCGGACGUGCAGGAUCAAACGCGGUUGUUGCGGGAUGUAUUUCUUACGGGUGGGAAUACGCUUUUCCAGGGCUUUGAUGAGAGAUUGCGGAAUGAGUUGCGGGGUGUUGUUCCGCUUGAGGCGGAGUUGAGGGUGCGUAGGGCUAAGGAUCCUGUUCUUGAUGCUUGGAAGGGGGCGGCGCAGUGGGCUGGGGAGGCGGAGGGUUUUGGAAAAUCUUCUGUUUCUAGGCAGGAGUAUUUGGAGAAGGGGAGCGAGUAUAUCAAGGAACACGAUCUGGGGAACGUUACGUGGUGA